CUAAAAUUGUAAACAAGAGUACAAUGAACUCCUUCUUAUUAGUCAUUUUGUAGAUUAAAUAUAACACAAAUAGCCCUUUAUAUAAAUGAAAAGGUUACUAAAAUGGGGUUUCCAAGUCGUAUUAUAUGUUUGGUGAAGUUGUUGAGUGAACUAUCAGUGUACCUAGUGUUUCUAAAACUGGGCGUGUGAUAGUGUAAUAACACGGAUUUUAAAUGUAAUUUUUAGUGUUUACGAUUAAUGAGAUUUGUUUUGUUAACCGAACAGAUAGGUUCAUAUCUUAUUAGAUAAUGAUGAUGGUGUAGAAAUGGAAGCUAGCAGCGAAGCCGGCUAUUGUGAACGAGAGACUUGGGAUGACUGGGGUAGUCACUCUUCACUCAGCCAACAAGAAGAUUUGGCAACCCAAAGCAGCGGUCGGGUGGAAGAUGUAUCCACCCUUCGUGCGGAACGUGACGCGCUGGUGCGUGCGUUGGCGAAUGAGCGUCAACGCGCGGCCAGUGCGGCGAGAGCUCACGAUGCAAGACUCGCUGAACUGCAUGGAGUCAUUGCUGAAUUGGUUAGGCGGCGAGCGACUGAUAAACGGGCGAAGGCGAUACCCGAGGAGGAAGUCUCUGAUGAAUGCGAGUCGACAACACAGCCGGCCGGUGAAUUAGACGCAGACAUCGAUUUAUCUAGGACCGACCAGAACGAGAAUUCAUCGCUUGUGAGUCCAGCUGAAUUACCCACUCCCCAAGAACCAAAGGAUCUUCCCGAAGAUAGCGCCAGUACAAGCACGAAUGAAAUCAAAAUUCAACCGACACUAGAAGUCUCACCACCACAAGAUUCAGAGAACUGCUCCAGUUUGAGGCUAUCGGAGAGAGAUUCAGAGAUAUGUGUUACAACAGCCAGAUGCUGCCAGUACAGCCGUGCUCAUGGUUCGAACAACAGCUGCCAAAGAGAGAGAGGUUCACCAGCUCUCCUACCGCCAUCUCCUGGACGUUGCGAGUCCCGUCAGGCGAAGAUCGCGUCCCGGGUUCGACUAAAAAAGACGUCUGAAACUGAAACGAAUCAACCAAUAUCUAAUGAAGAGUGGUGCGUGGAAGCUGCAGAACGGCUCGCCUUAGAUGUAUGUGCUCAGGCCGAUCUUAGAGAAGCUCUUGUCGCCGCUAACCAUGAAGAGGAGUCAAUAACCACUGAACUGUGGCGAGCGCGUUGCGUUCGUCUUGCCGCUGAAUGUCGCGUUCUAGACGCAGCCUUACAUAGGGCGGUGGACACACAACACCGAUUAUCCUGCGCGUGCGCAAUGCACGAGUCGUCGUCCGUAGUACUGUGCUCCGCGUUAAAGGCCGCAGAUCGGGCUUUGGAGACCUACGAUGUGUUGCUGGCUUUGGCUGAGACGCAAAACGAUACGGAUAGUCCGGAGCGCUCCGCAGCUGAAGGGGUGGCUCGUCGGUUGCUGCGUCGCCUUGAGAGCGGACCUGUGUGGGGUCAGGCGAUGCUGUCCCCGGGACCUUGGCACGACCAUCAACAAAAUAAUUCAACAGAGGAAGAUCUAGACCCGUGGAGCGAGGAAUGUGAAGUGCGUCUGCGCAGACACGCGGCGCGACUCAAAAGAGAAACCGUCGCUCUACGCGCAUUGAGACCGCCACCACACAUGUAUUCGCCGCACGAUAUGGAGGAAAGUGAGGAGAAUCCGGUGGAGAAUGGAUUGUCAGAUAUGGAGGCAGCUGUCAUGAUGCAGGAGGUGCUACUGGCUCGCGAGAAUAGGGUGGUAGAGAGAGCUGCGUCAAUACUACAAAAGGACAAUUUACAACACAAGAGCGACGGAUCACGCAGCCGUCGCCGUGCGGAGAGGGAGCGACACUGGCUCGACACACAAGCGUCUGAAACUGAUUUAUAAACUACCCACAUUUAUCACACGAGAACAAACUUUUUAUUAAAAAUAAUUUAAUUAAUUUUUUUAGUUUUUCCGAGCAGAAUUUUUAGAAUUCAUGAUAUUCUGGAAAAUUUAAAUUCGUAAACGAAAAGUUUGUUUUCCCUUUCUUACACAUAUGGUUAAAGCGAGACAACGAUUUAGCAUCACAUAGAAGUACAAUGUAACAGUGUUUAGUUUAGAUUAGAAAUUGCUAAAAACAUAGAAAGUAGGGUAGUAUUUUUUUUAUUUUGAAUUUUGUAUUUAUUAAUAUUAAUAAAAGCAAUAUAACAUAUCUUUAUGUGCAUUUGGUUAAAAAAUCUGUAUUAGAGAUAAAAAAGAUAUUUUUGAAAGCCUAAAUAUUGCUUAGGUGUAAAAGAGAUGCCAAAUGCUUAAAUGCCUUAUUGCUAUCUCACUCUUGCAUGAGUGAAAUGUAUAUUCACACUUAUGGGCAAUAAUUUUGGCACGUGUAUUUUUAAAUGUGAAUCGAACUUAAAUUAAGUUUCAAGAGGUGUCAAAAUUUCUGUACAUUCUGACAUUGACAAUGCUCAAGACUGAGCGAAAUAAUUUUGAAAACAUUUAACAAACUU